AUGAAGGUCCGUGGCGUCUUUCUCUCGGCCAUGGCAGUCACUACGAUUGCGCAGCAGGCCAACUUUGGAUACGAGCGGCUUGGAGAGCGUCGCGAUGUUCUUCCCCUCCUCCCCGGGAUGGGUUUCGUAGUGUUAGUAUCCCUAUUAUGGGGUAGUUAG